UUUCUUAGUAUUAACGUAGUAAAUAUUUUAAUUUUCAAUAUGAAAUUCGUUAUUGAAAAAAUAAGUAAAUCAUCUGGACGCCUGGGUUAUUUAGUACAAACAGAAACUGAAAAACGAUUUCGUACACCGUUGCUAGUACAAACCACCAAAGGCGGCAGCAUCCCAUAUCUUUCCCGUGAGGUAUUUGACUAUGUUACCGAAGAGGUUCCAGCGUUGCAAUUUACGCUUUCAACCAUUGAUCAUAUGGUGGAAUCGCUUAAACUGUUCAAUGGCACAUUUGGCGCCUACGUAGGCUAUCCGGAAUGUUUAUCGUUUUUAAUAAUAAGAGACAGUUGUGAGCUAAUUCCAAGUGGUCAUAAUGAUAAAGAUAUAAUACCACUCUUUACAAGACGCGGAAAAGAGCAUAUAACUGUGAAGCGAUAUAUGGACACAGUUGAAACUUUGAAACCUGAUAUAUACCAAGGCCUAUGUGAUGCUGAUACAAAUUUGGAAAGCUCGAAAAAACGUAUAAUAAAAUGUGUUGAUCGAACAGCACAGUUUAUGGAUGCUUGUUACGAACGACAUCAAAAUUCAAAAGUAUUAAAAAAAUGUGCAUUAUUUGCGCCAAUCGUUGGUGGCUACAGUACACAUGCACGCUGUGAAUCCAUUAAGCAUGCGAAGGCGAAAGGUGAAAAACUUGCCAAUGGCUACAUUUUUGAAGGAUUUCACAAUUAUGGUCUAAGUGCUUGCCAAGUGGAUUCUGAGCAACUUAUAAAAGUGAUGACACAUUGUUUGAAUGAGCUAAGUGAUGACAAGCCAAAAAUGAUGCCCGGUGCUUAUACACCACCUGUAAUGUUAGAAUUAAUAUCAUUGGGUGUAGAUAUCUUUGACACAUCUUAUGCAUAUUGUGCUGCAUCUAAUUUUAAAGCUUUAACGUUCAAUUUUAAUUUAAAAACAGUCGAAAAUGCGACCUCCCAACCAUUUUUGGAAAUAUCUAAUGAAAGUUUGAAAGAGGAUUUUACACCUCUGAUACGUGAUUGUAGCUGUUUAACCUGCAGAAAACAUACUCGCGCGUACUUAAAUCACCUAUAUAAGACAAAAGAGUUGCUCGGACCUAUUUUACUUAUGAUCCAUAAUUUGCAUCAUAUGAUGCAUUUUUUCAGCACUAUUUGCAAGUGUAUUGCAGAUGACAAUUUACCUGAUUUAAUUAAGUUAAUUAAAUUUCAAAGAGGCUCCCUCGCUGUUGAUUACAGCAUAAAACCAAAUACUAAAAUAAUUAGUAAAAAUGAUCAAGACAAAAAUUAUACAAUUUUAAAUGAUGACCAAAAAUGAUAAAUAGAAAAAAAUAUAUACAAACUUCUUUUUUUUUUUUUUAAUAAUACAUGCACUUUAUUUUCUAAUCGUAAA